UGCGUGUGUCACAGUUUCUCGUGAAGGGUUCACAGUUUUGCGCGUCGCACAUGCCGUCACCGAACAAUCGUUUGGCCCAACAAUCGACGGCCCAAGUGUACGCGAAUCGGUGGAAUCUCGUGCGCGGAAUCCCAUGCCAAGGGACCUAGCGUAGAGGUGUGUGCUAGGACGAAACGAUGGACUCUUCUUCCGCGGUGUCGAUGUGUAUGUGCGGUGCGUUGUUAGCGGAUGUGUCACGGCAAAGGGAGACGAACGGCAGUCGAGGAAAGCGACCAUCGGAGGGAUUGAAGGAUAUUGACGAAACACAGCCUACUAAUCCUGCUGUAAUUGACUAAAAAUCCGCCCCGUCAGAGACCCGGCUGUGAGACCGAAACGAACGGCAGGGGGGGUGGAGCGAGAGGGGAACAAGAAUAAGAAGAAGACGGGAAAGAAAAGCGUGAGGUGAAUCAUCUUGCAGCGCAAAAGUAAAUCAACAUCCUUCGCUGGGAAAAUGCUGAUACGGUGGAAAAGCAAAGAUAAAAGCUCCUCAUCAACGUCGUCGUCGUCGAGCACGUCGAAGAAGAAGCGAAAAGGAAGAGAAAGCGAGGAUGACUGGCAAAAUGAUAAAAGUAACAGGAACCAACCGGCCGACCAAGCAGCGAUCGAUGACAGGCGACGAUCGGCACGAAAUCGCGAGGAUCCUCGAAGGCACACCCUGGGAGGUGAUAUGCUGCAAUACCAGGCACAAGCGCAGCCACCGAACAUCCAGCGAUCGCUUGAGUUUGAGGUAAGUGAACACGCACAAUAACCACGCUUGCCCGUUGCGCAGACACCUCAGAUGCGCGUGUACACGCCGACGAAUCAGGGACCGCUGUUUGACGAUGACCCUGGCAUCAUGUCGGAGGCGGAAACGGCCAGUACCGGGUUCCGGCGUGGUGGUAAACAACGAUCCUCGUUGCCGGUUGUGAGGACACCGUCGAAGACGCUCGAGCGACCGCUAGGGCUCGUGUUCCUGCAGUACCGGUCGGAGACGAAGCGUGCCCUACUGCCCAACGAGAUCACCUCCAUCGACACGGUUCGGGCGCUGUUUGUGCGGUCUUUUCCGCGUCAACUCACCAUGCAGUACCUCGAGGGACCGAACGUGAAGAUUUACAUUCACGAUUCGAGCAAGGACAUGUUCUACGAGCUCGAGGACGUCAGGUCACAUCUGCGGGAAAUUCGAGAUCGUUCCGUGCUGAGGUUGUUUGAGUCGAACGAGGUUAGCGCACCUCAGGUAUUGCCAGGUGGUCAGAACAUUCCACAACCACUGCAACCGGCCGCCAUUCCCAACCAGUGGGACCAGGAACAGAGCUACUUCAGUGAGCCAGAGUUCGACUCGGAAUACCAGCAUCAGCACAUCCACAAAAGCAAGGUAAGCGCAACACGGCGUGCUUUUUGAGUUAAACAACCAACGAAAACGCCCUACUACGUCGGUACAACGCAGACGCUACCGAGAGGAAUGUAUUCGGACAGAACCAAGGGAGCGAUAGAUGGAUACAUGAGCUCCCCGGAACGCAGUGGUGCAUCGAGAGGAGCGUACGAGGAGCCUUACUACAGCCAAUACGGUACACGUUCCGCCACGGUAACGCCAAUUAUCGACGAAGAGCAAGGGGAUAUCUCGAUCGCGGACGAUCAGUACGCCAUGUACGGGGUGAAGAAUGUUGGACGAAUUCCACGAGUGCCACCAAACCAGAUGUACGAUCACACCAGAUCGGAAGACCUCCACAGAAUACGAGUCGAGCACAUGGAGCGACAGUUGGCGAACCUGACUGGACUGGUGCAGAAAGCGCUCACACAAAACCCUCAACUACCGCUAGUUAACAACAGCCCAAAUAUUCUAAACAUUCCUGGACAAUAUCGUAACGGUACGUAUGGUACGGUUUGCACGCGCGAAAAACCACCAAAAUUGGGAAAAUCAACAUGUCAUAAGUCAGUUUCGUUUGAAAAAUCUGUCUCCUUCAGUGAUGAUAUACAAGGUGUGCCAAAAUCUCACAGCCCACAACAUUCUGCGGAUACAAAGCCUCCAAAGCCAGCGAUAAAAUCGUCUACUUUACCCAGAACCUCAUCACAAGAACGUGACCGUCUGAAACCGCCACCACCUCCGAAGCCGCUAGUGAUGAUCGCAGGCAACCAGUAUCGCACCGACCUGACGCUCGCACCGGAAGUCUACAAUCAGCUGCGUGGUUUGCAGAAGAAAGCGAUGGACUUGCGCACGGAAGUGCGCACUUUGCGCCGCCUAACACAAACGCAAGCUGUCGCCGUGCGGGAGGACAUCAAGGAUACGUUUAUGCGAAUUCGUGCCACGCUGCUUUCAAACACAGGCUUUGCGUGGGGACAAGGCGACAAAGAAAGAACAAAUCUCACCAGAGAGGAAGAAAUUUAUAAGCAAGAAGUUAUCCGAUUGGAAAAGGAUCUCGCGGACCUGGAGUCGUCGGUGGAAGGUUUACGUGGAGAGGUGAUCAACAGAAGAACGCGCGUUAAUAUGGUUGCCGUGGAAGAUAUGGCGCUAGUUCUCAGCCGUGCGAGUAAAACCGUUGCCGAGCUGAAGAUGCGCUUCCCUGUUCUUCAGCAAGGGUUGAGAAAUCUUAUUUCGAGUGAAAUGGAGCGCGUCUGUCGCGAGGAAGUGUUUCUCAAGGAUGAACCCGAUCGCCUGGAGAAUGCGUUAAGGCGAUGUAAAAAACUAACCGGAACACUUGUGACGCUCAAAAGACUUGCGAGUGUACAGGAGCAACGGUUGCCAAUUCCCGACACUACGGCAACAGACGAGACGAUCAAACCUCCAGAAACGCAUACCAACGUGAACAAGUUCAACUGGCGAUGGAGUUCUAACUUCAAAGAGGCGAUCAAUGACCAAUCCCAAGUCCCCGUCUGGGGACAGUCGUUGCCAGUGGAGGGAUCGCCCCAGAAAACGCACUCGAUGCUCUGCUAG